CCUUCCCCUCCCUCUUUCCCCGCCCCGCCCCGUCCCGUCCCGUCCCGUACCCCUUCUCCCGGUCCGGGCCGCGGCAGAGCAGCGGAGCGGCAGGACGGAGCCAUGUCUCACGGGGCGCGAGUGAUCCGCACCGGGGUGAGCAGCGCGGGGCCCGCCGCGCCGCCGUCGGCCGCCGCCUCCUCGUCGGCGGGCUCGGACGCGGAGCUGCUGGACGGCGCCUAUUUCCGCUCGUGUGCCGGCAUGCUGAAGGUGGCCCAGAUGAUCUCACUGCUGGUUGGAUUCAUCAGUGUAAAUAAUUCUCAGUGGACAGAUUACAGUGCAUACAGCUACUUUCAGAUUGUUACAAUGUGCGACUUGGUUAUGAUUUUGUUCUUCUACAUAAUCCACAUUUUCAGAAUCUACAGGACGCUCACUUGUGUUAGCUGGCCACUUGCGGAAUUUCUCCAUUAUUUAAUUGGUACAAUUCUGCUUCUCAUUGCAUCAAUUGUAGCAGCAUCGAAGAGUUACAAUUUGACUGGACUAGUGGCUGGAGCGACGUUUGGAUUCCUAGCUACAGUCCUUUGUGUUUUAAGCAUAUGGUCAUCCUACAAGGUUUCUUGCAUCACGCAGUCAACAAAUGCAGCUGUAUGACUCCUCCAUCUCAGCAAGAUUUCUGCCUUACAAAAUACUAUACUACAGAGGACCGUCCAUCACUGAGGAGAGAGCACGGGUAUUUUGUUAUUAGUCUGGACAGUCAGUGGCUUUUGAAGAUCUACUUGAAGUUUUAUGCAAAAUAAUGUUAUGAACCAAAGUUUUUUUGUUGCCCUCAUCCAAAGAAGUUUACUUCCCCCCCAGAAGAAGCACAUAAUGGAGAACCAUAUUUUUUCUGAGCUUUACAGAGAAAUGCUGCUUCUGUUUCUCAAGCUGGGCUGCAGUCAUUUCCAGCUAUUUGCAGUAAGUGCCUUUAAAACUCAUUCGGAGAGUUGUUUGGUUCUCUUUUCAAAGGGAUGGAAAAAAGUGCUUCUGAUUUCCUCCAUCUGUUUACAGAAGGGAAAUACUGCAAAUUUCUGCCUGAUUCUUAACUUCCAAGGCUGGUUUUUCAACGAAGGAACUGUUACAAACUGAUUUGUGAAUGGAUAAGCUGACCCAAGUUCAGAACCAUAGAAUGUUUCCAACAGCAGCUCAGCCCUACCAAAAAUUACGAACUGCAACUUGUGUAAAUCAUUGCAAAUACUCCCUUCUAGCCCUGGCAGUAUACGAUGAAAUCAGAUCCAUCAAAAAUUAUUAUUAAAAAAUUCUCUCAGCCAAAUACAGGAAAUACAUACUCAAGAAUAAGCUUUAAUGGUUUGCGGGAUCUUUUUCUUUCCUUUUCGUAAAUAGUUGUUGGUGGAAUGGACAUUUUCUGUGCAUUUCCUUGAUGUUAUUCUCUUUGGAAUCUAAUGGUUUUUAUGGAAAGCCCAUCGCAAAUAGUGCAGCGUGCUUCUUUCUCUCUCUCACACAUGGCUUCUUGUUCCUUCUGACUAUGCUGGAAUCCAUGUUUUCAGAGCCUGGACAGAGUUUUUUCCAACCUGAUGUUGUUAUGAAGCUGUUUGUAAAUUUAAGAUGGAGACAACGCUGCUAUUUUCUUGGCACUUCUAUCUUUCUGACCUUUUGCAGUCCAUUUCUGGUGAGCUGGAAACUUUUGGCAGAAAAAAGUGAAGCUCAAGUUCUCUUCCCUUGGUGCUCUUCCCUUUCAUGUCUUGUUGUGAAGCAGAACUUGCAUUUGUAAGCUGGUCUUUUCUGUGAGGACAAUUGCAGGACAGUGGAGUGCGUUUCGGCAAAAUAAAAUAAAAUAAAAAAUCAGGAUUUAUAUAUUUUACCUGACCCAGACUGGAGGAAAGAAGCAUUUUCUGGCCUGCUCUUCAUUUUUCUACCUGUCCUAAAUUCUGCAAAAAUGCUGCUAAUUAAUUUAAUGAUUGGCUUUUGAGAAAUGUUUUUGUGCCCCAUAGCACAUCAACAUACAUUGCCAAUUGUUAUGUAUGGGUCUCUGCAGUGAUUUUUUGUUUUAUUUUAUUUCUUUUUCACUCUUGGACAAGAGAAAUGGGCCAACUUCUAAAGUUCUAAGAAUCUUGGUAAAGUGAAAAGAACUGAGCAGACAACCAGGAAAGGCAGGAAUCUCACUUCUUGUGGUGCAUGGUUUCUGUGAUUCUUAUUGCUUUCUUUCCCUGAGUGACUUAAAACAACACAGAACAGGAAACAGUUUGAAUGCAUAGAAGUCUACUUCUUGUGGAUCAAAAAACCUGUGUUCACUCCAAGACAAACUGCUUCAACAUGAAUACAGAAGGUUAUUCAAAUAAAUCUUACUGUGAUUGAAAAGACUACAGAAGAUUAUGAUAUACAUGUAUGUGGCUUGAUUUUUAUUUGGCACUAAGGGUGGUUGUUCACUGGUUCCCCUGCCAAGACUGACUUAGCCACAGUUUUUGGAAAUCAGCACCCUGACUUGAGUUUGGAUUGACAUGGUAGGUAUUUAAGGAAACAAUCUCUUCUUUCCAAUGGGAGAACAGGAAAGUGCUGUUUCUGACAGUAGCACUGUUGCCUCUGGAGAAUGCUGCUCGGAUAGGUAUUGGGCACCUUCCACAGGCUUUCGCCCAUCUUGGCAAUCCAAAGGAAAACAAGUGCUCAGUUGCACUCAGCAUGAAUGCAGCUGAGUGCACAGAGCUGUGGUGGCAAUGGGGAGAUGCAUCUGCUUAGGCUGGGCUUGGGGCUGAGCUUGUGGUGAAGAACAGGCUGUUUCAACGCUCUGCUGGAACCUUGCCCCUCUCUGUGCACUGCAUACUCAUCUCUAUCUUUUUUUUUUUUUCAGUCUACCUCUUGACUCUGUCCCUUGCUACUAUUUGGGAGUGGGGGGGAGGGAACCUUUACAGGGAAUUUCUUGCAGUCCAACCACCAGAGGAUUUCUGGAUGACACAGUCUGAUCACCCAAAGAAUCUGUUUUGUUGCACUUGUUUACACUGGAUCAAGAGACAAAGUUCCCUUCUAGGUUAUGUACCCAUCAACAGGCAUAAGAUAUGCCUGUAGCUUUUGUUGUUGAGACACUGCUGGGUUCAUAGACCUACCAGAAGCUCUUAAAGCAGGAUGCUUUUAGGCUGGAAAGCUGACAUUUGCUGAUAUAACUUCCUCACUUCUCCCCGAUUCUUGUGAAACAUGUCUACCAGAAAAUGCACAGCUUUUGGUGAUACCAAAACCUACUAGCAGAACUUUGAAUGACAGCUCUGUCUGACAGACACUUUGGCACCUCACUACUGUACCUAUGCCAGCAAAAGCAUUUUAACUUUCCUUCAGUGUCAGCCUCGUUCUGAAAGCUCCAUCUGUCUUUGACUUUGUCAAAUAUGAGAUUCCAGCUGUUUUAAAAAUAAACUAUGUAUGUUCGCUA